UAGAAGUGGGGAGUUUGUUGAUGGAAAAACAGUGGGAAGGCCUUCCUCAAUCAAAGGUGCUUCGUACGCAAUGGUGUUGAGGUCACUAGCGGGUAGUCAGGCCGAGAUCAGCUCAACGAUAGAAAGAAAGGGCAAUGCACUUGUAGGAGACAAAAGAUCUCAAGUGACAUUGGGUGAGUUGGAGGGAGGAGUUAUGGAUUAUGUAAGAGAUCUAAUGAUUAAAGUGGAUAAGGGGCUGGACCUAGUUGUGGGUACAAGUGUGCUACCAAGUGUGCCAGAAAGUGUGCAAGCAAAGGGUGUGUCGGCGAUAGGGUCAUUGGACGUUGGCAUCUUUGUUCAUGCCAAUGUCACUAUGCCUUCUGAGGGAGCUGUAGGGUCUCAGGCACCAAUUGCAGAUGAAGUUGGUCCUUUUGUCCAGGGUUCAUUUGUAGUUGAAGAUGGGGGUCCCUCUAAGGUCUCGAGUAUUUUGGAAGAUACAGUCGAGCCUCUUUUUGAAAAUGAAAAUGGGGCAACAAAAGGUAGUGCUUCCCCUCUUGAGGAAGCAGCACGGCAAGGAUCGUCGAGGGGUGGAGCUUAUACAUACAAUGUUGAUGGAGGGGAGAAAUUUGCGAUGGUAACAGAUGGAGGGGACAACAACCAUAUAGAUGUUGAGCAACCAUUGGGCGGGAAUGAUUUGUCAUUGGUGCCUCGUGUGGGGGAAGGUUCAGAAUUGGCGUUGGUGCCUCGUGUGGGGGAAGGUUUAGAGUCGGGAGCGCAGUCGAGUACUGCGGCUGGGGAUAAUGUCGUUCCCCCUGGUUUCUCUUCCUCCAAUGAACGAUAUAGCAGCAUCAACAUCCAAUUGGAUUCUGAAUAA